CAAGGCCCAACAAAACCACGACCGGCCUGGACUAACGUACGUACGUACGUACUAUAUGAGGUGCCGGUGAUCUGCCUUUUGCCGGCGAGACAAGUUUCCCCAGACCCGGAGCAGAUUCGUCGACAUGUCGUCCGCCGGCGAUCCAACGAUGUCCGCCUCCACCAUCGUGGCGGACACGGCGAGGGGCUGCCAUAUCCUGAAAAUCGAUGGUUACUCGCACACAAAGGGGAUCCCCACCGGGCAGGCCAUCAAAUCCGGCCAGUUCACCGUUGGCGGCCAUCGCUGGUGCAUCCAUUAUUACCCCAACGGCUACAGCUCCGACUCCGCGGAUCACGUAUCCUUUUACCUUGUACUCGACGAACAGCUCACCAAGCGUGUCAGGGUGCAGCUCCGGAUUCGUUUCGCCAGCCUCGUUACGAGCAAACGGCUAGACCCUGUGUCUCCAUCAGGAAACAUGUGGGGGUAUCCAAAGUUCAUCAAAAGGGAAGAGCUGGAGAGAUCGGAGCACCUCAAGAACGAUGCUUUCACAGUCAGGUGUGACGUGGUCGUCAUCAACGAGAUCCGCACCGAGGUGGCGGCGACGCGCAGCCAGUUUGUCGUCGUGCCACAAUCCAACCUUAUCCACCACCUAGGAGACCUCCUAAAGAGCGAGAAGGGCGCCGAUGUGGUGUUUGAGGUUGGCGGCGUGAAAUUCCCUGCGCACCGGUGUGUGCUCGCCGCCCGGUCACCGGUCUUCAGUGCAGAGCUCUUCGGUGCAAUGAAGGAGGGCGACCGCGACCGCGGCGGCGGCGUGCGUGUAGGCGACAUGGAGGCGCGGGUGUUCAAGGCGCUGCUCUCUUUCGUGUACACCGACUCCUUGCCGGAGAUAGAAGAGGAAGACGACCAAGGCGCCAUGUUCCAGCAUCUACUUGUCGCAGCUGACAGGUACGACCUGGGGCGGUUGAAGCUGAUUUGCGAGGAAAAUCUGUGCGCGCAUAUCGAUGUGUACUCGGCGCCGACCAUGCUAGCGAUCGCUGAGCAGCAUGGCUGCCACGGGCUGAAGAAAGCUUGCAUUGAGUUCCUCAGCACCCCGGCACAUAUGGUGGCAGCCAUGCUCACCAGCGGCGACUUCAGCCAUCUAAGGAGGAGUUGCCCCGCUGUUUGGAUGGAGCUGAUUAGGAUGUCCGUGGCACCUGUCAUGACCUCCCUCACCAGUCGUAAUGGGACCAAGCGGGCUCGGGUUGAUGCACCAGGUGAAUUGGUGAUGCGUGGUAGCUAG